AUGACUUCAAAAGAAAAGAUUAGACUCAAGCUUCCAUUCAAGAAAAAUCGCAUAAUUUUACCGCAUAAGGUAACUCAAGCAGCUCAGCAGGUACACGCAACAGUUAAUCAAUUGUCACUAGAUGUCAAUGCCACUACACCAACCUCACACUAUGUGCGGCAUCCCACCCAACAACUUGUUCAACCUCCUACCAACAAGCUGCAGUGCUUCCAAUCCAACCUAAUAAGGUGCAUGACUCAAGGGUCACGAUGCUCCAAUUCUAGUCAUGGGGUUGCGUCGGAUGGGAGAAUAAUGAUAUGGCCGGAUGGUCGAGGGUGGUUACCGUGUAGGGUGGCCUCGAGAGCCCUCGCCUCAGUCAUUACAUCACAAUAUGUUGAUCCAUAUCCUAGUUGGGGAGCAAUCCCAAAAUUAACUUUGGAACAUUGGUUCGAAAAAUUUGGUGAAAAAGUUGCUUGGUUGCCUGAGCACAAUUUUCAAAUUAAGAAUAUCUUCAAUACAAAAGGAUCAAUGCGUCUUUCUGGUAUGUUGAUGCAAGCGAGAAAGAAGCGCAAGUGUCCAACUUGGAUGGGAGAAACUGUUUGGAAUGAUCUUGAGAAGAUAUGGAUGGAUCCGUCGUAUAAGGAGAUAUCAAAUCGAGCUAAGAAAAAUCGUGCUUCUUCUAAAGGAGGAGCUGUCCAUACAGGUGGAUCUAUAUCCAUUGCUGAACAUACCAUUCGGAUGAGUUAUUUUGCUAAAAUAUUUUGGUGUUUUUCUUUUCUGGCGAAAUUUGACUCUCAUUUUGUUCACGGUUCUGUUGUUGUUUAUUUUUUGUAA